AUGCCUCUAUAUGCAAAGCUUUUAAAGGAGCUUAUCAAUAAAAAGAGAAGUUGGCAUGAGAAGGAAACUAUAUUGCUCACUGAAGAAUGUAGUGCUGUGAUUCAAAGGGGCAUUCCACCAAAGCUUAAGGAUCCAGGGAGUUUUGUAGUUUCAUGUACCAUAGGUAAGAUGAUAUUAGACCAAGCUCUUUGUGACCUUGGUGCUAGUAUCAAUUUGAUGCCCUUGUCAAUGAUGAGAAAGCUUGCCAUAGAAGAACUCAAACCCACCAGGAUGUCGUUGGUAAUGGCCGAUAGAUCAAUCAAGACACCCAAUGGCAUUGUGGAAAACUUAUUGGAUACAGAAGAGGAAGGAAACAAUUCAAUCAUCAUGGAAAGGCCAUUUCUAGCCACAGCAAGAGCUAUUAUUGAUGUGGUGAAGGGAGAAAUGAUCUUCAGGGUGCAAAAUGAGCAAAUGGUCAUCAAUGUUUUCAAAGCAAUGGAACACCCCCUUGAGCAAGAAGAUUACAUGAGAGUAGAUAUGAUAGAAAGUUUGGUGGAAAAAAUAUUGGAAGCCAAUCAUAAUGAGCAACAAGAAGAAGAAGGAAAAGAAGAUUAG